AGGGCGGGCCGGCGGAGAGCGCAGAGCCAGCGAGAGAGCCAGCAAGCGGGAACCGGAGCCCCGCGCCAGAGCUGGGCGCGCCAGGAGCUGCCCCCCUUCUCAUCUCUCUUCCUGUCUGUCCUUCCCUGGCCCCUGUCUCCUCUUCUCUUUUCCUUUGCUGCUUCUGUCCUCACCCCUUGAAGACCCUGGUCUGCUGGACCUAGCCAUCCCUCUGGGGCCAUGGAAUCACUGCUUGGGUUUCUGGCACUGCUGCUGCUGCGGGGUGCUGUGGCUGAGGGGCCGGCCAAGAAGGUGCUGACUCUGGAGGGGGACCUGGUGCUGGGUGGGUUGUUCCCAGUGCAUCAGAAGGGUGGCCCAGCAGAGGAGUGUGGGCCUGUUAAUGAGCACCGUGGCAUACAGCGCCUAGAGGCCAUGCUUUUUGCACUGGACCGCAUCAACCGCGACCCCCACCUGCUGCCUGGUGUACGCUUGGGUGCGCACAUCCUCGACAGCUGCUCCAAGGAUACACACGCCCUGGAGCAGGCGCUGGACUUUGUGCGCGCCUCACUCAGUCGUGGUGCUGAUGGCUCACGCCACAUCUGUCCUGAUGGCUCCUAUGCCACCCACAGUGAUGCUCCUACAGCUAUCACCGGUGUCAUUGGUGGCUCCUACAGUGAUGUCUCCAUCCAGGUGGCCAAUCUCCUGCGGCUGUUCCAGAUCCCACAGAUCAGCUAUGCCUCCACCAGCGCCAAGCUGAGUGACAAGUCCCGUUAUGAUUACUUUGCUCGCACUGUGCCCCCAGACUUCUUCCAAGCCAAGGCCAUGGCUGAGAUUCUCCGUUUUUUCAACUGGACGUAUGUGUCUACGGUGGCAUCCGAGGGUGACUAUGGUGAGACAGGCAUUGAGGCCUUCGAGCUCGAGGCUCGGGCACGCAACAUCUGCGUGGCCACUUCUGAGAAGGUGGGCCGCGCCAUGAGCCGUGCAGCCUUCGAGGGCGUGGUGCGAGCCCUGUUGCAGAAGCCCAGCGCCCGUGUGGCUGUACUCUUUACCCGGUCCGAGGAUGCCCGUGAGCUGCUUGCAGCCACCCAGCGCCUCAACGCCAGCUUCACCUGGGUGGCCAGCGACGGCUGGGGAGCCCUAGAGAGCGUGGUGGCAGGCAGUGAAAGGGCUGCCGAGGGUGCCAUCACCAUUGAGCUGGCCUCCUACCCCAUCAGUGACUUUGCCUCCUACUUCCAGAGCCUGGAUCCCUGGAACAACAGCAGGAACCCUUGGUUCCGUGAGUUCUGGGAGGAGAGGUUCCGUUGCAGCUUCCGGCAGCGAGACUGCGCCGCCCACUCUCUGCGGGCCGUGCCCUUUGAACAGGAGUCAAAGAUCAUGUUUGUGGUCAACGCUGUGUACGCCAUGGCCCACGCUCUGCACAACAUGCACCGCGCCCUCUGUCCCAACACCACCCGCCUCUGCGAUGCCAUGAGGCCUGUCAAUGGGCGCCGCCUCUACAAGGACUUCGUGCUCAAUGUCAAGUUUGAUGCUCCCUUCCGCCCAGCAGAUACCGAUGAUGAGGUGCGCUUUGACCGCUUUGGUGAUGGUAUUGGCCGCUACAACAUCUUCACCUAUCUGCGGGCAGGCAGUGGGCGCUAUCGCUACCAGAAGGUAGGCUACUGGGCAGAAGGACUGACCCUGGACACUAGCAUCAUCCCAUGGGCCUCUCCAUCAGCUGGCCCCCUUCCUGCCUCUCGCUGUAGCGAGCCCUGCCUUCAGAACGAAGUGAAGAGCGUGCAGCCCGGCGAGGUCUGCUGCUGGCUCUGCAUCCCCUGUCAGCCCUAUGAGUACAGGCUGGAUGAGUUCACCUGUGCUGACUGUGGCCUGGGCUACUGGCCGAAUGCCAGUCUGACUGGAUGCUUUGAGCUGCCCCAGGAGUACAUCCGCUGGGGGGAUGCCUGGGCCGUGGGACCUGUCACCAUCGCCUGCCUAGGUGCCCUGGCCACCCUCUUUGUGUUGGGUGUCUUUGUGAGGCAUAAUGCUACACCCGUGGUCAAGGCCUCGGGUCGGGAACUUUGCUACAUUCUGUUAGGAGGUGUCUUCCUCUGCUACUGCAUGACCUUCAUCUUCAUUGCCAAGCCCUCCACGGCUGUCUGUACCUUACGGCGCCUCGGUUUGGGGACUGCCUUCUCUGUCUGCUACUCAGCCCUCCUCACCAAGACCAACCGCAUCGCUCGCAUCUUUGGCGGGGCCCGGGAGGGUGCCCAGCGGCCGCGCUUCAUCAGUCCCGCCUCACAGGUGGCCAUCUGCCUGGCACUUAUCUCAGGCCAGCUGCUCAUUGUUGCUGCCUGGCUGGUGGUGGAGGCACCUGGCAUCGGCAAGGAGACAGCCCCUGAACGGCGGGAAGUGGUGACAUUGCGCUGCAACCACCGUGACGCAAGCAUGCUCGGCUCCCUGGCCUACAAUGUGCUCCUCAUCGCUCUCUGCACAUUGUAUGCCUUCAAGACCCGCAAGUGCCCGGAAAACUUCAACGAGGCCAAGUUCAUCGGCUUCACCAUGUACACCACCUGCAUCAUCUGGCUGGCAUUCCUUCCCAUCUUCUACGUCACCUCCAGUGAUUAUCGGGUGCAGACCACUACGAUGUGCGUGUCUGUCAGCCUCAGCGGCUCUGUGGUGCUCGGCUGCCUCUUUGCACCCAAGCUGCACAUCAUCCUUUUCCAGCCACAGAAGAAUGUGGUGAGCCACCGGACACCUACCAGCCGCUUUGGCAGUGCUGCCCCCAGGGCCAGUGCCAACCUUGGUCAAGGGUCUGGAUCCCAGUUUGUUCCUACUGUUUGCAAUGGCCGUGAGGUGGUAGACUCCACAACAUCGUCGCUCUGAAGAUCCCACACUCCUGCCCUGACAUGGCUGCUCCCGAACCCAGUGUAGACCCUCUUCCACAGCCAGGAGGAAGUUGGCUGGAGCAUUGCAAUAACACCCACCCUAUGCCUGCCCCCAAAGUCACCUACCCACCUCCUGGAUUCCCCAGCCCUUUAGGUCAGAAGCCAGAGUCCUUAGCUGGGGAGCCUCGGCAUUGGCCAGUAACUAUCCUUGUAGCUAUGUCCCAUGUUAGCCAGGCCUGGGACUCAGAGGGGGAGAUAAUCAGUGUCUACCGUGUUCUAGAACAGCGUGGCUGAGGACGACAGGCCCACCCCCCAUGCAAAGGUGCUUCCAGUCGGGCCCCUGCCCCAGGCCUUUUUAAUUUUUUAUAAGUUACUCUGGGAUAGAGAGGAUGGUAGCUGUGGGGAUCAUUCCCUCCCCUCCUUACCCAGUAGUUUGUCCCGUGGUUUAUUUUGUAUUACCUGUAAAUAAAGUGUCUUUAUUUAAA